CAUUCAUCGCGUCAAACCACUUAUUCGGACGAAGACCAGUUGUUAGUGAUAACUUAUACGGGGAACUCGUGUCGUUCGUUUUAAAAACUUUAUUUUAAAUCAUCAUGUCUAAAAUACACAACUUCGGCGCAGGUCCGGCUAAACUGCCAGAAGAGGUGUACGACAUACUUAAGAAUGAAUUAACUAACUUCGAUGGUACGGGAAUUAGUUUAUUGGAGACCAGUCACCGCUCACCGACGUAUUUUAAAUUAAAUAAAGAUGUACAAGAUGUUGUACGGAGAUUAUUAAAUGUUCCAGACAAUUACAAGGUUAUCUUCUUGUCUGGAGGGGGUCAGGGUCAGUUUGCAGCAGUGCCACUGAACUUAAUAUCCAGAACUGGAACAGCAGACUAUGUAGUUACAGGUACAUGGUCCGCAAAAGCAGCAAAAGAAGCGAAGAAAUACGGCAAAGUGAACUUGGUAUUGCCGUCAACUGAUCGUUAUGUCGACAUACCUGACCAGUCCACAUGGAACCUCGACCCUAACGCCUCAUAUGUACACAUUUGCACAAAUGAGACCAUUCACGGUAUUGAAUUUGAUUUCAUACCUGACACGAAAGGAGUACCUCUGGUUGCUGAUAUGUCCUCAAAUUUCAUGUCAAAGAAAGUUGAUGUUUCCAAGUUUGGCGUUAUCUACGGUGGUGCUCAAAAGAACAUUGGUACAGCGGGUGUUGCUCUCGUGAUCGUCAGAGAAGAUCUCCUCAACCAAGCAUUACCGAUUUGUCCUUCAAUUCUAGAUUGGACUGUAAAUUCAAAGGCCGAUUCUAUACUCAACACGCCACCUAUGUUUGCGAUCCACGUUAUGGGAAGAGUUCUACAAUGGAUCGAAAGAUUAGGAGGUUUGGACACAAUGGCCGAACUAGCUAACAAGAAGUCAUCAUUGAUUUACGACAUAAUCGAACAAUCGAAUGGCUUUUAUUACGCACCUGUCGCUAAGAAUGUUAGGAGUAAAAUGAACAUUCCGUUCAGGAUAGGUAAAGCUGAUGAGGCUUUAGAGAAAGAGUUCUUGAAAGGCGCAGAGGCCCUAAACCUAAUCCAACUUAAAGGACACAGGGACGUUGGCGGAAUACGUGCAUCAACUUAUAAUGCAGUUACAGUCGAAGAAGUGGAGAACCUAGCGAAAUACAUGAAAGAAUUUUAUAAGAAGCAUGCUAAGUAAAUUCUAAUAACAUCUCUUGUUUUUAUAAAGCAACAAU